ACCCCCAGCAUGGCCGUGUCCACCAUGUCCAUCUGCUCCAGCAACAUGAGUGACGGCAGCCACGUCUGCCUUCCUGGUCCCUGUGACUCUUGCUCUGACUCCUGGCAGGUGGACGACUGCCCAGAGAGCUGCUGUGAGCCCCCCUGCUGCGCCCCCAGCUGCUGCGCCCCGGCCCCCUGCCUGACCGUGGUCUGCACCCCAGUGAGCUGUGUGUCCAGCCCCUGCUGCCAGGCGGCCUGUGAGCCCAGCCCCUGCCAAUCAGGCUGCACCAGCUCCUGCACGUCCUCGUGCUGCCAGCAGUCUAGCUGCCAGCCGGCUUGCUGCACCUCCUCCCCCUGCCAGCAGGCCUGCUGCGUGCCUGUCUGCUGCAAGCCUGUCUGCUGCAAGCCUGUGUGCUGUGUGCCCGUCUACAGUGGGGCUUCUUCUUCAUGCUGCCAGCAGUCUAGCUGCCAGCCAGCUUGCUGCACCUCCUCCACCUGCCAGCAGGCCUGCUGUGUGCCCGUCUGCUGCAAGCCCAUCUGCUCUGGGAUUUCCUCUUUGUGCUGUCAGCAGUCUAGCUGUAUGAGCUCUGUGUCCAGCCCCUGCUGCCAGGCAGCCUGUGAGCCCAGCCCCUGCCAAUCAGGCUGCGCCAGCUCCUGCACACCCUCGUGCUGCCAGCAGUCUAGCUGCCAGUCAGAUUGCUGCACCUCCUCCCCCUGCCAGCAGGCCUGCUGUGUGCCUGUCUGCUGUGUGCCCACCUGCUCUGAGGAUUCCUCUUCAUGCUGCCAGCAGUCUAGCUGCCAGCCGGCUUGCUGCACCUCCUCCCAAAACCAGCAGGGCUGCUGUGUGCCUGUCUGCUGCAAGCCUGUCUGCUGCAAGCCCAUCUGCUGUGUGCCCAUCUGCUCUGGGGCUCCCUCUCUGUGCUGCCAGCAGUCUAGCUGCCAGCCAGCUUGCUGCACCUCCUCCCAAAGCCAGCAGGCCUGCUGCGUGCCCGUCUGCUGCAAGCCUGUGAGCUGCAAGCCUGUGAGCUGCGUGCCUGUUUGCGCUGGGGCUUCCACUUCAUGUUGCCAGCAGUCUAGCUGCCAGCCAGCUUGCUGCACCACCUCCUGCUGCAGACCUUCCUCCUCCGUGUCCCUCCUCUGCCGCCCCGUGUGCAGGCCUGCCUGCUGCAUGCCCGUCCCCUCCUGCUGUGCCCCCACCUCCUCCUGCCAGUCCAGCUGCUGCCGCCCAGCCACCUGCGUGUCCCUCCUCUGCCGCCCUGCGUGCUCCCGCCCGGCCUGCUGCGGCCCCACCUCAACCCAGAAGUCCAGCUGCUGA